CUCAAAAAGCAGACUUUUAUUUCUUUUCCUGCUGCAGCCUUAAAGAAAAUACUUCAAGUCUUGUAAGAAAGAAAGAUGUCAAUCAAACAAAGAUAAUACACGGUAUACAGAAUUAAUGAAGAGAUAUUGAAUAUGGACCCACGCCUGCAAGCGCCAUUACUUUGCUUUCAAGACCAAUCAACUCCCCAGUCCUCUCCCAACAUUUUGUUUGAGUGAAUUUGAGCAUAAAGCUAAAGCCCAUGCUCCUGUUCCUUUCUCCCCAGUCAGUUUUCUUUUCUCCUUUUUUUCCCACCAUUGAAGAAAACAGGCUAGUUAAAGUGCUGUCUCAUGAUUGAGUAGAACAAACUGUUAUUGUCAAAAAGGCAUGGGCAAUUGUGUUACAGUUUACAGGAACAAGGAUCCUGCAGCCAUGAAUCUUAGUGCCCAAAUUCAGUCACCCACGAAGGAGAACUUUGUCAGAAGGGAACAUUCAAUUGCUGAACUCGGUUCCAGGUCUCAGCCGUCACCUAUGGAACAAGAAAGUAGUUUUGGACACUUGAGUAAUACAGAGGAGAAUUUUUUCGAUUCCCAGCCUUGGUUAGAAUCUGACUGUGAAGAUUUCUUCAGUGUCAAUGAUGAUUCUACCUCUUCUUGCGGAAACAGCCCUAACCACCAGAAAAGCUUCGGGGAAAGUUCUCUACGUGAUAAAAAUCAUUCCAUGGACCAUGCACAGGUUGCACUACCUGAACAUUCUCCAACUGAUACAAAGAAGCAGCUAAUUGAGUUAUUCCGUGAGAGCUUCGAUGAUGAUGCUGUAAAUAAUUAUCCAAGUUUAAAAGAGCAGUUGGAAGAAAAACCUACAACUUUCAACCUUCCUCCAAAGUGUACAAAUCCAUAUGAAUCUAUCCCCAACUCUGUUCGCAGCAGCGAAGCAACUCCACACAGGGGAUACCUCCCUAGGAAAGAAAAAUCAACCCAGUCUGCGCAGUGCUGCCUUCCAAGUUCGGUGCGCAACAGGCGCUUUGGUGAGAGAAAGAAAAGUCUAAGCCCUGCCAAUACUGAUGGAUGGUAAGCCAUAUAUUUAUUCUGUACAAAUCUCUUGAGAAGUUGUACUUUUUAAGAUUAGCAUGGUCAAAUUAACAAGCUACAAUCUCAAAACCCUUUUUUGCAACUUGUCUUUUAUCAGCGGCACAAUUGUAGAGUGAUGCAUAAACUGGGCAUUUUGUCCUAAUGUAUUGUUCAAUUGCUUCUUUCUUAUCUUCUUAUAGUGUGAUACUGCUUCUGUAAAAUGAGAAAUCAGUAAAUUUCUAUAUUUUCAUUUGCUUGAGAAUGUUGCAGUUUUGAAUAAUUUGUCUUUCCUAAUUAUAUGA